AUGAUAGCGAUGAUGAUGGCUGGCCGUGUGCUGCUGCUGGUGUGUGCCCUCUGCGUGCUGUGGUGCGGUGCCGGCGGGAUUGUGGCCGAUGAUGCUGUUCGUGCUGAAUUGGAAAAAGAAAAUAAAUCCGAUAGUUUAAGAGCGGAUCCUCCAAUUGAUGAGGCAGAUACACAGGAACCACAAGAUUUAGGCCGUCAAUUGUCCGACAAAGAGAAUGGAUUGAUGGUUGCACAAGAAGGAAUGAUUGCAACUCAACAAGACGGUUUGGCCUUAAAAUCUUCAACAAACCCUCUCGAAUUGGAAGAAGAUAAGGAUGAGGAUGAAGAAAAGGAAGAUGGAAAAGGAAAAGGAAAAGCUGAAAAGGACAAAAGAAGUAUGGAGCAAACAGAGACACAAAAAAGUUUAAUGAAAGAUGGAGAAACAUCGAAAUUAACAUCGGCACCAGGAACACCGUCAACACUGAUUCCACCGGAAAGAGGGGGACAAAAAACCCCCUCAGAAACUCCACCAGGUCCACCAACAAAUGGAAAACCAGCAGAAGAAACAGGCCCACCAGCAUCAACAGGCUCGCAGAAUGCAACAGAGACAACAAGCACGACGUCACUGCCAAACGCUGAAACGGCGCCUGAAGUACAGGAAAAACCUUUAGGAAAUGGUGAGCCAAGCCAAAACAGACAAGACACGGACCAACCAGAUUCCAUGAAUAAUGCAACUACAAGUCGUCCAGCGGAAACACCAGCACCAUUGGUAUCUACAAGUGGCAGUGAUGGAACCCAGAAAAAGGAGGAAAAGGUUGAUAACGGUGAUCAACGGCCUAACAGAAAAGAAACACAAGACGGGCUUGAAGAUAGAAAUACCAGCGAUGCUCCCACAUCCACUGAGGCAGCACCACCAACAGCAGAAACAGUCAACAACUAUCAAACAAAUGAUACUGCAACAAAAGGCAACAGUGACGGCAGCACCGCGGUCUCCCACACCACCUCCCCUCUUUUGCUUCUUCUUGUUGUUGCGUGUGCGGCUGCGGCUGCGGCUGCGGUGAUGGCCGCGUGA